AUGGCCGGCCCGGUGCGGGGGGCAGGGCCCGGGGCUCUGGACCUGCUUCGGGCUCUGCCUCGUGUGAGCCUGGCUAACUUGAGGCCGAACCCGGGCUCCAGGAAACCGGAAAGACGACGAAGAGGUCAGAGAAGAGGUAGGAAGUGUGGCAGGGGCCACAAGGGAGAACGUCAGAGAGGAACCCGGCCCCGGCUGGGCUUUGAAGGAGGCCAGACUCCAUUUUACCUUCGAAUCCCAAAAUACGGGUUUAAUGAAGGACACAGCUUCAGACGCCAGUAUCAGCCUUUGAGUCUCAACAGGCUUCAGUACCUGAUUGACUUGGGCCGUGUUGAUCCCACACAACCUAUUGACUUAACCCAGCUGGUCAAUGGGCGAGGUGUUACCAUCCAGCCAUCUAAAAGGGACUAUGGAGUCCAGCUGGUAGAGGAGGGCGCUGACACCUUUAAGGCAAAAGUUAACAUCGAAGUUCAGCUGGCUUCUGAGCUGGCCAUCGCCGCCAUCGAGAAGAAUGGGGGUGUCGUCACGACCGCCUUCUACGACCCGAGAAGCCUGGAAAUUCUGUGCAAACCCAUCCCAUUCUUUCUCCGUGGGCAACCCAUUCCCAAGCGGAUGCUCCCCCCCGAGGCACUCGUGCCCUACUACACUGAUGCGAGAAACCGAGGCUACCUGGCGGAUCCCGCCGGAUUUCCUGUAGCAAGACUGGAGCUCGCCAGGAAGUACGGUUAUAUUUUACCCGACAUCACUAAAGACGAACUCUUCAAAAUGCUCAGUGCUCGGAAGGAUCCACGGCAGAUUUUCUUUGGUCUGGCUCCAGGGUGGGUGGUGAACAUGGCAGACAAGAAGAUUCUGAAACCCACGCAUGAGAAGCUGCUUGAGUACUACCGCUCCUGA